AUGGAUGGGAAAUCAAAUAGCUCAGCUGGGAAUUCUAUUAAUCCUUUAAUGUCGAAUUGCCAAACUUAUGAAAUGGCAAUGUAUAUUGCAGUUAUAUUAGUUGCAUUUACUGUUAUAUUAUCUUUAAUUUGUAUGUUGUAUCAAGCAUCUAGUCUUAAAAAAGAGUUAAAAGAAUACAACAUGUGGUAUAGAAAAUUUGAUGAACAUUUAAGGAGUAAAAAUGGAGAUGGCAUAGAAGCAACGGAUUCAGUAUAUAUAGUUAAUUCAGAAAAGGAAUUGUUAUUGGGAAGAAAUAAUAAAUGUGAAGAUUCAGAAGAUGAAUUUAACAUAUAA